CGAAUCGAGUCAAUUUCACCUUAAACCCGGGAAAGCGUGCAGGCAAGAGAGCAGAGCUUUGAGCAGCCAGACUUCUUCGACAUUUCUCUGGAUACACUCUUCUGGAAAAAUAAUAACAACACUUGCCAUUAGGGGCACACUUAUCUCCAAUCCAGAUUUUAAAAAAUAAUCAAGAGCAAACACGACCCAAGAUCUCGCAGCAUUUACUGGUGGGUCCUGUCAAAUCUAUGAUCUGAUCAAAUGUUAGCCGUCGGGCAGAUGGAUAAUCGCCAGAGUGCAUUCGUCCUGAGCAGUACGCCGCUAGCUGCGCUUCAUAAUAUGACUGAAAUGAAGACAUCUAUAUUUCCCUACUCUUUGCAGAAUCCCUCGAGCUUCAAAGCCCCGACUCUGGCGGGUUUGAACGCACAGAUCCCAUUGGGGACGCCGCACGGAAUUAGCGACAUUCUAGGCCGCCCAACCACAGCUGGCAAUCUGCUCUCUGGACUUCCUCGACUGAGCGGACUUGCCACAACGGCGGGGAUGUAUUUUAAUCCGACAGCAGCUGCCGUUUCCAGGUACCCCAAGCCCCUUGCUGAAUUGCCGGGGAGACCCCCGAUCUUCUGGCCGGGAAUGAUGCAGGGGUCCCCGUGGAGAGAUCCCAGGUUGGCCUGUCCAACGCAAGGUAGUUUAGUCCUGGACAAGGAUGGAAAGAAGAAACAUUCUAGGCCAACAUUCUCAGGACAGCAAAUUUUUGCCUUGGAGAAAACCUUUGAACAGACGAAAUAUUUAGCCGGACCUGAAAGAGCCCGAUUAGCCUAUUCUCUCGGAAUGACAGAAAGUCAAGUCAAGGUGUGGUUCCAGAACAGACGGACCAAAUGGAGGAAGAAGCACGCUGCCGAAAUGGCUACAGCCAAGAAGAAGCACGACUCAGAGACUGAAAAACUCAAAGAAACGUCGGAAAACGAAGAGGACGAAGAUGAGUACAAUAGACCUCUGGACCCCAAUUCAGACGACGAGAAAAUCACACGAUUACUGAAAAAGCACAAAACCGCCAGUUCCCUCACCAUCCUGGACCCACACAGCAACAGCCCGGAGAUUUUGUGACAAACUUUAAGACAAAAAAAGAGAAAAAUAAUUAUUUGAAGAGCUUCAAAGGCUGAAUUAACCAGGGUAUAAAAAAACGUUUAAAAUAAAUCGAUGUUCCACAGAAAUAAGUGAUAUGUGUUGUACAGCCUAAUGUAUGUGAGAUGUAUAUAUUUUUUACAGAAUAAGUUAUGGAAUUAUCUUGCAGCUUGAUUAUAUCAAUAACGGACUGAACAUGUGCAGAAGACAAAACAUUUGGAAGGAGAAAUUGGGAUUUUAUCUUCUCCCCCUCAAUCUCCAUUGUCCCCGUCUUUUUUCUUAGGAUUUCAGUGUUAAGGAAUAACGCCAGAACUCAUCGUUUUGUAUGAAUUACAGAUUAAAACUGUAGCUGUACAUAUUAUGAUGCACGCUUGUGUUGUAAAAAAAAUUAAAUGUAAAGUUUUUUGUGUAUUUACAUUCAAAGGCUAAUAUUUUGU